AGCCCUCAACCGUACGCCGUGUUCCGAAGCAUAGCCAAGGUGCAUCUGGCGAACGUCGAUGACCUUGACUUCGUAUUUCUCGGCCUUGGAUCUCUGUUGACGGGGGUUACUCCUGCCAGCGCAGACCCUGUUCAACCGCUGCAUACGUCAUUUCGCGAUUUUAUCCUCGACGAUACGCAAAGCCAGCCGUUCUCUCUGGGAAACGAUCUUGCGGCGGCACAUGCGGAGGUCGCUUAUGCCUGCUUACGGAUCAUGAACGAUCCUAUUGUAGGCGUCAGAUUCAACAUACUCAAAUUAACCAGAUCAUUCGUCUUGAAGCGACAUAUUCAUGACCUGGAACAGCGCGUGUCCAACUAUAUCUCGUCAGCGCUUCGGUACGCCUGCGAGCACAGCCAUGUGCAUCUCUCGGACGGUGCUGUCCAGUCUUCAGGUGUUCCUGGUGGAAGUUCGGGGAGCCUAUACUGAUAUAUCUUCUACAGGCUUGCCGUUUGUUCGGGAAUUCACUAUAUUUCUGAAGCGUAACUUUCUGUUUUGGCUCGAGACGUGCAGCUGGACCGGCCUCUCGUUCCAACCCGCUAAGCUCCUCCAACAUAUCUCGACAGCAGCCCAGCGAUUCAAGGUGGCUGAUCUACACGACUUUGCCGUCGAUUGUAUCAGGUUCGAGGAAUACUUUCAAGAAGCCAUAUCACAAUCGCCUCCUCAAGCGUAUGUCAGCGGUUUGAAGUUGGCUCCUCGCAGCUCGCGAGUUGGUAGACUUUACCGAGCUCGCUUCUCUGUUCCUAUAAAUAUCUCAGGACAUGCGCGGACGCGAGGCUGGCCGGGCAUCAAACCCAAGCUGGAAGACCACCCACGCGCCUUCGACCAGAUGACGUGCGCCACGUUCUCGUUGGAUGGGAAGUUCAUCGCAGUUGGCUUCUCGGGUGGCAUAGUGCGUAUCUGGGAUGCAGAGACUCUGGUGCAAGUCGGCCAAGACCUGGAGGGGCACAUAGAUACGAUCAACUCGGUCGCCUUCUCGCCGGACAGGAAGCGCGUUGCCUCCGGCUCCCAGGACGGUACGAUGAGGAUAUGGGAUGUGGAAACACAGCGGCAGUGUGGCGAUGUCCUGAGGCUUCACUCAGAUGAAAUCACUUGCGUCGUGUUCUCCUCCGACGGCAAAUACAUCGUGACCGGCUCCGUCGACGGCACCGUACGGAUAUGGGAC